AUGUCUGCUCUCCGAACUUCCUCAAGCCGCGUACUGGGCGCCUCUUUCGGUGCGCGGGCUGCCAUGCUCCCUACCCGCGCCGCCUUCACUCGCUCCAUGGCCACAGUCAGCGAGACGCCAGCAGAGCCGGAGCCUCGGUUGAAGACCUUCCAGAUCUACCGCUGGAACCCAGACACCCCCAGCGAGAAGCCUCGCAUGCAGAGCUACACCAUUGACCUCAACAAGACCGGACCCAUGAUUCUCGAUGCCAUCAUCCGCAUCAAGAACGAGCAGGACCCUACCCUCACUUUCCGACGCAGUUGCCGAGAGGGUAUUUGCGGCAGCUGUGCCAUGAACAUCAAUGGCCAGAACACCCUUGCUUGCUUGUGCCGCAUUCCCGCGGAGUCAAGUGCCGACGUCAAAAUCUACCCUCUUCCCCACACCUAUGUCGUCAAGGACCUUGUCCCUGACCUGACGUACUUCUACAAGCAGUACAAGUCAAUUAAGCCCUACCUGCAGCGCGAUACUCCCGCCGAAGACGGCAAGGAAUAUCGCCAAAGCAAGGAGGACCGAAAGAAGCUCGAUGGUCUCUAUGAGUGCAUUCUGUGCGCCUGCUGCUCAACCUCGUGCCCUUCAUACUGGUGGAACUCAGAGGAGUACCUGGGCCCUGCUAUCCUCCUCCAGUCUUACCGCUGGCUAGCCGACUCUCGUGACGAGCGCACAGCCGAGCGCAAGCUCAACCUCGAGAACAACAUGAGCUUGUACCGUUGCCACACCAUUCUUAACUGCACCAAGGCCUGCCCCAAGGGUCUGAACCCUGGUAAGGCCAUUGCCAACAUCAAGUUGGCCAUGAACUCGAGCUAG